UUUUUUGUAUAAAUUGAAGCAGAGUCUGCCAAACUCUUGUAUAAAUAUCUACUUCAUCAGCAGAAAAUAUCAGUUCUAUGGAAAUUUCAGCGAGCCGCAAAAUGAAGUCUAACUCGAAUAGGAAAUUAAUUUACAAUGUGCAAAAGAGGCUUUUUGACCUUAAUCCAACCUCCAAGCAUUUGUCUUGCUGCAAAACAAAUCUUCAAUUAAGGCAUUUUCAUUCACUCAACCCACAUUUUUUUCCGACUCACCUCUUUCAACUUGAAAGCAGAAAGAUGUGUGUGCUGCUGCACCUGGCCAGCCAGGUGGAUCAGCCAGGUGCAUCGAACAUUGUUCCAUAAGCAAAACCAUUUGAUGGCUAGUCUUUUGGUGAAUCUGGUGCUUGUGAUAAAAUAUGAUGCCCUGUGUUGCGGAACAUCUAUCCGCCUUCCAUGGGCUUUCAAAGAGCUUUGUUUGCGAGGCCUUUGAGGAUGGUUUUCUCCUAUAAUAGCUCCAAAUAUAUGGAUCUGUUAUCAGCUUAUACAAGGAGACAAGAGCUGCUUUCAAGAUCUUUUUACCAGGCACUUUGUUUAUGAAGAAAAAGGGUAUAUCUAGCUGGAACACCACAGGUCAAAAACAGUUACAAUCAUCACUGAAUCUUUCACAAUGAAGGCAUUCAGUGGUAUACCCUAAAUUCACAAAACAAAGAACUGCAUAUUAUUCACUCUCAGAGGAGAAAUACUAAGAAAUACCAGGAACAUUGCCUACCUGUGCAGCAGGAUCAAAUGGGUAAACAGUCCUUGGAGCUCUUUUGCCCCACUGAUUGAACUUCACAAUGAUUUGAAUCAAAAGAAUUUUGUUGUUUGCAAAACACCCCAGUGGUUGAGUGAAAGAGGGCCCCAUCUGUUUACUUUAUGCAGCUUGUUUGCGGAGCAGUGCUUUAUAUAAGACAGGGAUUUCCCUAUCUAUAUUUAUCAUGUUUUUAUGCUUGCUAUUAUAUCGAUACAAGCUGCUUCUUUAUUUAGAUCAAUUCUUUACGGCUACAUGGGGACCUGCUACAUGAUGAAGUAAAUGCUUCAUUCCUUCACAAACAGCAUUUAACUCCAUUACAACUCUCCGCUUUCCUAGCUCUUUUCUACCUCUAGAUAUCCGACAUAAAGCUGUAUCCCCUCCACUGGCCAACGUCAAUAACAACUUUAUGAGUUUGAACCCUACUUUUCCUAUUACGUCGAUAUCAACUUACCAUUACUCCGAGCAUCGGACUCUUCUUCGAUUUCAUAGCGUUCAACCGAAUAGAGUCCUUCCGGAAGCCUCAUCUACAUUAGGUCAGAGCCGCAGACAGCCCCUCGCGGGGACUUAUCGUAACCAUGGAGCCGUACCUACUAAUCGGCGUUUUCACGCUUCUUACCAGUAUUGGAUUUUAUCUUCCAGUACCAUUUACGAAUAUACACCCAGAUAGACCUCUUUCAGAACGCCUUGUUGGCGCUCUCCAGCUGACCGCAACGGGGGAAUGUGCUGCAAGACUGUACAACUAUUUAAGUACGCCACAUCAAAAUGACACUGACUCUUACGCCCUUGAGACUGAUCCCAAAGGCCGCGACACCCGUACGACUAUCUACACGCCAAUCCCGGAAUCAUUUCAACAAAGCAAUGCCCAGAGAGCUUUCCAAGAUUCCCAAAGCCCUCCCCAAACUGUGACUGUAUUUUUGACCUCAACAAUUACGAGCCCUCACGGAGCCGGUCACACGAUAAUGCCAGACAAUAUAUACGAGGUUCCAACUAAUCCUGAGUGGGUUCUAUCUAGAUGGAGCCUCCAACUCGAGGACGAAAUCCUACGCAACCCAAAUAUGUACACUGCCAUCAUUCUCUUAUUUGCGUUUGUUACCUGGUUCCUCUCUCGCAGCAGGCACUCUAGAAUCUCAGCAAGUCAUGAUACAACUCUGCAGGCAUCUAAAGGGACAGACACCGAAUUCGUACAAGCAUUAACCCGACUUUUUCAGUUGAUGAUGUCUAGCCAAAUUAACACCACAAAUACCACUCCAAAUAUCUCAGAAACUUUCAACGCCAGUCUACAACAUGUUCAGGAACAGGUGAACCGGUUGCAGACGGAACAAAAGUCGGAAAUAACUAGCGCUCGUUUCGCAUCUCUAACCGACCUAGUGGGUGACUUGGAAAAUAAAAUGGCGCGGCGGCCAGAUCUCGAGGAAUUGUCCGCCAAAGUUAAAGCCUCUAAUUCCAGUUUACAAUCUCUCAAAGUACAGGUGGACCGCCUGUUAGAAGCGCCACACUCGAAGCUUACCGGCGCGGAGCUCGCUUCCUUGAUCGAUCAAAUGCCUGACCUGAGCCUGAAAUUCACUCCAAAAGCCGACUUUGACCAGAUGCUCAUCAGGUCAACUGAAAUGACGGACACGUUAAACUCCCAAAAUAUGAAGAUACAACAAGCUGUGGGCCGCUGGAACGAGUUUACCACUUGGCUUCAAGAUCUUCGGCGCGAGAUUCAGGGCCUUCGAACUAGUCUUGACACCAAAGGAAAGGAGGUGAAGGAUUUAACAAUGGGAUUUGCACAACUUAAAGAGAAACAGAAGGAAUAUCAUCAAGUCACACAGCGAACGCUGACGGAAAAAACAAUGGUCUUAGAGCUCCAAAAGAAAAUCACCUCGUCAGAAAAUAAAACGAACCUAUUAAUCCAAGAUGUCGAGACGCUUAAAAGACAAGCCAAAAAUAGUGAAAAAACUGAAAUAUCGACUGUUGUUCUGACUGACCAAAUAGGCGAGCUUCAAGCGAAAAUGACCUCUUCGGAAGAGGCCAUCCAGAAAUUGAAUAGGGAGUGGGAACUCUGGAUGCAAGGUGAUGAUGUCUCUGAGGGUGGCGGUCUAAUUAAAUUCCCUAAUACACAGGCCAUAGACCUCGGCGCAAAGGUUGAGUCGUACAUAAGCACGGCGAGUUCGAUAACCAGAGAUUUGGAUACCUUGAAACGUGAAACUCAGGAGUCGACUGGCGAACUUCAGGGGAAGUUCACAUCCCAUGAAUCGACUAUCAAACGAUUGACUGGUGACUUAGAGGCGUUAAAGAACAUCAAACAUUCUCCGAAUAAUCAAUGGGAGCUACUCCAGAAAAAGGUUGCGUCAAAUGAGAAUGCCACGAAAACGCUGUUCGGGGAUUUGGACAAAUUGAAAAAUGCCAUCCUAGAAUCAAACAGUCAAACAGACGAAGUUCGAGGGAAGCUCAGAUCCAGCGAAGACACUUUACAGCGAUUAGCUAAUGACGUGAGAGCACUGACAAACGGGAGGCGGGAUCCGAACAACGAGAUCAAGCAGCUCCAGGAAAAGGUAAAUUUGUUCGAUACCUCCAUAGAGCGGUUGACCCAGACACUAGAAACUUUAAAAAAUGGGCAACAAAGCGGCAUUGAAGCGAAAGUGAACAAACUUCGGUCAACCCUUAACGAGGUAGAUACAAUUGCCUUGACUACGCGAAAUGAUGUGGAUCGGAUUACGGCCCGAAUCAAGGAAGUCGACCAGUCAAAUCGAACAUCUCGUGCCCUGCUCACUCAACAAGGCAUAGAACUUCUCAAACUCCGUGAAAAGUUAGGUAUCAUCGCGCCUUUAACAAGCCCCUUUGAUAAUGAGAGUGAGCUAGCGCAAAAAGAUGCAGCCAUGUCAACAGCCAGCAUGUCUUCCCAAAUAUCAAACCGAAAAGAACUUACCAAAGACAUACAAAAUGAAUCUGCCCAGACAUCCACGAUUCCCAAGGACGAUAAACCCCAGCCAUCGGCAACAUUAUCUACAAUCCAAGCACGGGGAGAUUUUGGCCAUAGGCACACGAGCUACUCUACUGAGGAAACUACUAGCAAGGAGCCAGCAAGGCCUACGACUUCUACUAUAUUAGCAACGCUAGCAUCCCCGCCGCUGGACACCGUGGCUUCAGUCCCUGGACUAAAAACCUCGGUACCGAAACAGCAAGAUAAAAAUAUAAGUCGCUGGGAUCCGGCGUACGAGAAAGCUGAUGUCAUUCCAAGGGCCGAAAAAAUACCAUCUCAAGUGGCUCUUGGUGCUAUUCCACCACUGAAAGGCGCAGAAUCAAAGGAAUUAAACGAGCCCCUGGCGAAGCAAACCACUUUGCCGUCCAAGCACCCAAGUUCAGAGGCCUCCUCAAGACAACCAGACAAAAAUAUGAGCCGCUGGGAUCCUGCAUAUGUUGGACCAGAGGGCACACUCUCACAAGAUAAGAAGGGCGGAAAGAAAAAAUCAGCUAGGAAGUGAAAUUGCGCUCUGGAGCUUUUCUUUUUCUUUUUUUGUUUUUUAUUUGGAUUUACCAAAUUUCCCUAUUUCAAAUUUGUGUCUUGUGUCCUCGCCAGGGAACCGUUCUAUUAAAGGUACUGCAUGCCGAGCCUUUCCAGCCUAGCACACUCCUGCCUUUACUAACUCCCCAAAAUACGCAAUGUUUUGUGACUUGGUGCUGUAAAUGAGGUGUCUUACUGGCCCUUGUGAUCCAGUCCUCCGAAACGGCGGUAUCUUGAUACAUAUGAUAAUAUUGUGGUAUAGGUAUCUAUGCUUUCAGAUUUGUUUUCCCCCUAGUUGCCCGCGUUUCUCGUGUGCGGCAUCAAAUAGUUAAGACACCAGGAUACAAUUUCUGGCAAUCGAGAGGCAGGAACCUGAAAGCUACUCGAGCUAUGGAGUUUAGGUAUUUUUCUUCGAGUAUUUGAAUUGUUUGCUAUUGUUUGUAAACCAUAUACUUUGUCUAGAGAAACUCCAGCUUUAGAAAUGCUAAGAAAGUUGAAACAAGAAUAAAAGGAACGACAAGAAAAGGAAGAAGAGUAGAGCAAAUAGAAAAACGCAAUUGGGAUGGGAAUUGCAAGGGUUUAUACGGAUUAGAGCCCUUAAACUUACGAACAGACCGUCAAAAUCUCCGUCAAGUCAUCCGAGAAAUGAAUUCACGGGGGGGUUAAAAUACACCGAAAGCCAAGUUAAGAGAGGCAGGGGCAAAUACCGUGGUGGCUCAGAAAGGUUGCAAGACGACCGGUGGCAUGAGCCGGAUAGAGAUCAGUUUAGAAAACUACGUGAGAACAGUUAUUACCCUUCAGGGAGAAGUCUGAACUUGAGCGAUACAACAGAAUGCAGAGAUAGAUUCGAAAAACCCGGGGAGAAGGCAAUUAGAGGUGAUCGGGCUCCUGGAAAUAUAAUAUAUCUAGGCUGCGUUUACUUGAUACCAUCAUGAUGUCCACCAAUGUUGUACACGUACAUGUAAAUAUGGAAACCUUUUUAGAUCCUGCCAAAGUCGCAGCUUUCAACACCUCAAAGCAAAACUCCAAAGACGUUCGCUAAUUUUAAUGUUUCUAUUUUAAUAGUGUUUGUCGUAAGUAUUAUGACAGAGUAUCGCUACAAUAAAACUAGCCCUGCAGUCAAGUAUGGUCACCU